ACCAAAAUGGACCCUCUCGAAAAUUCCUAAAUCAACGAAACCAGAAAGUUUGUUAUCACCCUCUCUACGUUUGCAAGAAAUCUCAUUACCUUCAACGAAACUUAUCGACCAAUUCAAGGGAGAAGCGAAGUGACCAGCCAAAAUGGGGAAGCGAAGCAAGAACAAAAACAAGGCAGCCGCUAAAUCCACCGAUGAUAUUGGCGAAGAGCGUUUCGCUGCCGCCGAGACCCGUCCACAAUUUAAAGUUCUUAAAGCGAGCGCUUCCAAAGUCGUGCUCGAUGACAGAUUUUCAUCGGUUCUGACUGAUCCUCGUUUUCAGCUUCAAGAGAAGGACAAAUAUGGGAGGAAGAAAAAGAAAGGUGACAAAAGUGCGGCAAGGGAAAAUUUAGAGUCUUUCUACGUCGUAGAGGGUCAAGAAGAAGACAAAAAGGACGGCGAUGACAAGAAAUCUGCUCAUGGAAACGUAGAAAAGCCCGACACCGCCACGGACAAUGACGAAAGCGAAAGCGAAUCCGAAUCAGAAGCCAACAGCUCGGGCGAUGAGAAGGCAGAGGACCCCCGUUCGAGAAUUGCCUACCUUACUGCCUUGUCUCGCGGAGAAAUAGGCGCCUCGUCGUCAUCGGAAGACGACGAAUCUUCACAGUCGUCCGAUGAGGACGAGGAUUCGGACGGGGAAGACUCAGUCUAUGGGACUGCGGGCGUCUUGGAUCCGUCUACCAAAGAAAGUGAAGAAAUCGAAAUAUCCUACGAUUCUUCGCGCUAUUUGGUAGUUACUAGCAUGGACUGGGAAAACAUUCGUGCCGUGGAUUUGUUUUCCAUUCUUUCUAGCUUUGCCCCACCCGGAGGUGUGAAAAAGGUCCAAGUAUUCCAAAGUGACUUUGGCAUGGAACAAAUGGCGAAAGACAAACUAUAUGGCCCAACUGGUAUCUGGCAAAAGAAAAAAACUGCGAAGCAUAAGAAUAUUUUGAACGAGCGUUCAAGCGACGACGAAGAAAGCGAUAGCGAGAAUUCCGAAUCUGAAGACAGCGAAGACCCAAAGAUUCAUUUUGAAGAGGAGAGCAUUCAUGACGAGACCGAUUUUGAUCCAGAAAAGCUGCGUGCCUACGAAGCAUCGAAAUUGAAGUAUUAUUUUGCAGUGACGGAAUUUUCUCAAGCAGAAUAUGCCGAUAUUGUUUAUCGCGAGGUGGAUGGGAUGGAGUUCGAGCACUCAAGUACAGCCAUCGAUCUACGAACUCUUCCGGAAGAGGCACUUGCGAGUGUGAUUACCGAUCGUCCUAUGCGGGACGAGGCAACAUCAAUACCAGGAAAAUAUGAACCGCCAGAAUUCAUUGUAAGCGCUCUGCAGAAGACCAAUGUAGAAUGCACGUGGGAUCAAGGAGACAAGGAAAGGGAGAAGAAGAUGACAAACUAUGGCAGCUCAAAUUGGCACGAAAGCUUCGAGCAGGACGAUUUGAAAGCCUACAUUGCAUCGGAUGCUUCUAGUGACGAGGACUCUGAAGACGACGAUGAUGAUGAUGGCGGAAAAUCUGGCAAGAGAUCUCAGAUGCGGAAAGCGCUAGGUCUAGAUAGUGCCAGUGACAACGAUUCAGACGAUGAUUCUUCUAGUUCUGAUGAAUCAGACAGUGACGACGACGACAAAGAUGUUGGAGGAGAUACUAUGUCGAAAGAAAUCAGAAUUAUACCCGGUCGUAAAAGUUUGGAAGACAGAAUUCGGUCUAAGUUAGAACCCAAAGAACAGACGAAGGAACUUACUCCGUGGGAAAAAUAUCAGGAAAAACGGAAACAAAAGCGAAAAGAACGGCGUCAAGCUGCGCGCGGGAAGAAGCCUUCUGAAAAUAUGUUAAUGAGUACCAGCAAAAAAGAUACCCGAUCAAAGGAUCGAGAUGACUUUUUUGCAAGCGAUGAUGACAUGGAAGAUAAUAAAGGGUUUGAGUCAGCAGGGCGAAAUAAGAACGCCAAUCAUAAGUCCUCUUCCAAAGCACAGAAGUCCAAGGAGCAACUUGAACUUCUAUUGGCUGGCGAAGAUGCCGAAGAAGAAGCCAGAGAUUACGAUAUUCGUGGUAUUCAACGAUUGGAAAAAAAUAAAGGAAAGAAGCUGAAAGGCGCAAGGAAACGAAAGGAAGCAAAGAUUGCUGCAGAGGUUUCGGGUAGCAGCUUCAAGGUCAAUGUGAAAGACGAUCGUUUUAAGGCAGUUUUGGAUGGAGCCGACGCGCGAUUCGGUAUUGAUAAAACCGACCCAAAUUUCAGAGAUACGGCUGCGAUGCGCAGUAUAUUGACAGAACAAACGGCUAGACGGAAAAACAAACGGCAGAAAAAAGCUCAYAUCAAGGAAAGCGUUGUUCCGGAUGUAGAUGCGAAUACUACGAAGAAGACGAGUGGAGCAAGUGCCCUCAGUUUCCUCGUACAAAAGCUUAAGACCCAAGUUGAUCAGAAAAAAAACUAGAGCAGAAUUUUCUUCCACCGUCCGGAUAUUUAUUUCAGGCUUGUGCAUUUGAAUUUAUGACUACAAUGGCAGUAGCUUGCUGAGAUUGAUGUUAUGCGAAAUAUUUUGUUUUUAGUCUUCACAUCAGAAAAAAAUUCAUUCUUCGCCGAAAAGAUUCUGAGCGGCUUUUUUGUAAAGUGAAUACAGCAGUAAAAGUUUUACAUAAAG